ACGUUGAUUGUGAUUGUUGCAGUAGCAAACAACACUAGCACCGCCAAUGAACCAUCUGCAGUAUCAACAGUAUCAGCGGGAGCCGCAGCAACAGUCAACGGAGCGGAACGGUCACAGCCAUCACGGCGUUAUGGAUAUACGAAAUCUUUGCCAACGUCUGGACGUGGACAGCCUGAAAGCCAAACUGUCAACGCUGCCACAGUUGAAGUUGCCAAAAUCGUUGCCCAAACUGCGCGCUGCACGUCGCUUCUUUCACAGCAGCCGCGAGAAUGGCAGCGGCAAGGCUGCGCCAGGUACAGGUACAGGAGCAGGAACAGGUACGGAUUCUCUGGCGGCUGCAAUGCCUCAGGCGCAGUUUAUCAAUCGCACGCCCCAGCGCAUAUCCACAAUUAGUUCGCUGAUGCACGAGCAGGCAGCGGUGGAUCGGCAGGUGACGGCGGCAACAUCACAGCAUCUGCAGCCGAAUGCCGGCACCUACCGCAGCGCAGGCAGCUUGGAUGAUGAAUACUAUGCGCCAUAUGGCACAGCAGGACGCGGCUCGCGCCCAAUCAGUCCCAUUAGAAUGCCACCAGACACAACGACAACGACGCCAACUACGACCACGACCACGUCGAGCCUGACGCAGCGGCUGCAGCGCGGCUACAAGAGUCUUAGCGAGCUACGGCUGAAGCAUCUGUUUGCCAAGCAGACGACCAUACGACGGGAUGGUAUCGAGGUCGAUCGCUACGUCGAGCAGUAUGAGGCGGAGCGACGCCUAGAACAGCUGGAGCAGGCGCGUCGAGAUCGGGAGAUAGCCGACAAUUAUGACAUACACAUCAGCACGCUACCCAUGAGCAGACAGAAUACGCUGAAGGAGGAGGAAGAGCAACAGCAGCAGCAGCAGGAUCAGCAUAAACGCAGCGUGCCAGAGCACAGCGGCGAUGAGAGCGGCAUGGAGGAGGCAAUGCCACAGCAGCAGCCGCCGCCGCGCAAAAAGUCUGGCAUAGCUGCAAGCAGAUUUGCCAAGGUGCGACAGCCACCGCUGCCGAUGCCCGUGCAGGAGCAACAGGAGCAGGCGGAGCAGCCACGACAUAAGGAGCAACAGCCCAUGCGACAGGCGGUGCGUCAGAAUUUAAAACGUCUGCGCAAGUCCAUCAAGCGUGUGCAUCAUCAGCCAGCUAGGCCAGCCGCAGAUGAAACCGAUGAGGAUGAGGAGCAGACCAAGACACGUACAAGCACGGGUGGCACACUGCGGGCGCGUCUGCGCCGCUUUGCAUCCAGCGAGCAGCUGCCGCAACGCUGGCGCAAGAGCUUCAAGAGCAACAGCGAGACCCAGGAACAGCCGGCGCAACAGCUGCCAGGCGGAGCAAGUGCUGGAACAGCUGGUGUAUCAGCUGGCGCCGCAUUGGGCGUGGCUAUGGGCGCGCACUUGGAGCGCACGAUGACCAUGUUAAAUGAGAAGAUGCAGCAGCUCAAGUUUUUUCAGCGCGCCGGCGAUAAAAAGGCAGCCGAGCAAAUGGGCAACAAGCCCAACACCAUUGGCCGCGAGCCCGUCGAGAUUGACGAUGAGGAGCUGGAGGCGACCUAUCAUCACAGCGACAGCGCAAGCGAUGACAGCGAUCAGGAAGUGGUCGCCGCUAAGGCAGACAAUCAGCCGGAUGCCGCCAAGAUGGAGCAUGAACAGGAGCAGCAGCAAAAGGACCGGGUUGCGGCAUCACCCGGAUUGGUUAAGCGCCAGACACUGACAACGCUGGCGCAACUGCAGGCGCACUCGACAACAGCCUGGAGCAGCGAGUCUCUGGAGGAGGAUGCAUCUGCUGAGCAGCAACUGGCAACCGCUGCCUCCGAUUAUCCGCGCGUGCUCAUCCAUCAACAGCAGACGGAUGCCUUCGAGUCAACAUUGAUAAUAGCGGUGACUGCGACGCCACCACCGUCAUCGCCGGCAGCUCCAAUAGCCGCAGGCAAGCAGCGCAGCACGGCGCAUCAAUGGGUGUCCAAUGAGCAGAUCAUAGCUGAUUUCAAGGCGCAGCAGGUGACCUCCAGCGUUUGGCCAGCACCUGCACUGUAUAAGCCCAAGAGUAUUGACAUCUUUGAGGGCGAUGUCGGCGCCGCUGCCGCCUUUGCGGACUUCGAUGAGGCACUGCGCAAUGCGCCCGUGUUGCGCAUUAGCACCGGCAGCAGCUGUGACAGCGGCGAGGAUGCGGAUGAUAGCAGCUCGCGUGUGACCAAGAUUCGCCUCCAGACGCCUCAGAUAGGCAACAGCUGUGAGAGUCUCAUGGAGCAGCAGCCACUGGAGGAUGAAGAGGAGGACGAUGAUGCAGCUGAAGAGGAUGAUUAUGAGGAUGAGGAUGAUGAUGAUGAUGAUGAUGAGCAAGCACUGGCAGAACGCCCACCAUCGGUGUCACCGCCGCCGCCGCCUUUGCCGCAGCGUCGACCACCGCCCAGCACUGUGGCGCCCAUUUAUGAUGCAGUGCCGCCGCCGCUGCCCAUUAGCAAGCCACCAAUAGCCACAGCAAUAAUGACAGCAGCACCAGCAGCAACUGCACCACUAGCCCCUGCAGCAGCUGCUAUGCCCUUGGGCCUGGCCAAGCUGCCGCAGCGAAGCGUCUCCAUGACGCGCCCAUCCAAGCCGCUGGUCAAGACCAGCUCGCUGCGUCUCACCUACAGGGAGCAAAUGCAUCCCGGCGAUGUGGGCAAAGUGAACAAGCUCAUCUCGCGCUUUGAGGGCAGGCCACGUCUUUGUCCGCGUCGACUGCACAGCGAGGAGCUGACCAUAUGCAGCGAUGCGGACGAUGAGCCCGACCAGGAGCCGGACAAGAACACGGAAAAGGAAAAGGAGGAGGAGCAGCAGCAGCUGCCGCCAACACCAACGCCGGCAAAUGUUAAACGUAAUGCCAUACCCGAUAUUGUGACCACGCAAGCGAUCAGCAACAACAACAACAACAAUAAUAACAAUAACAAUAAAAGCGGCCAUGACUCAUCCCGCGAUGAGGCACAGCUGCAGCUGAGCUUGGAUCGCCAGAACUCGAACUGCAGCCGCAGCGAAUACGGCUCACCGCUGGCCUAUCCCCUGAGCAACAGCCGGCGGCGCAGCUCAACGCCCACAAUGGCCACCGCAUUGAACACCAGCAGCUCGCUGCAUGCUUUCACGCCGCAGUCGCAGUCGCAGUCACAGUUACUGCAGCAGCAGCAGCGUGCGCAGGCGCGACGCAGCCGACGCUCCCUGACGCGCGACGAUGACAACUUUUAUAGCUUUGACAGCGAUGAAGAGAAUAGCUACUAUUCCAUAAGUCCGUCCAGCAGCAGUCGCUAUGUGGUGGAGAUUUAAUACGAAAACUCUUACAGCAAAUACCAAAGAAAUAAUGAAAAAAAAAGGUUAAAACUAAAAAUAAUAUAGUAACAUUUUUUUUUUUUUUUUAGAUAUAUGCAAAGAAGCUCGAAAUUCUUAAACUUGAGAAUUGUGUUGAGCUAGUUUUAAGUCAUAAAACAUUUUCUUUUUAACUUUAAAGCAAAUCAAAUUU